AUGUUUGAGCUUGAGACAGUGAAAAGGAGACUUGAGUUCCGCCGAAGACUCCUGCCGCAGGCAAGACCUACUGAACUGGUGGCGUUUUAUGUGGUGGAGGACGUGAUUAUUCACAAACAGACAGUAGAGAAACUCGAGCCAAAAUCACCCUGUGCAAAAAGUCAUCUUGAGGCUGGUAACCAUGACGGUUGCGAUUCCCUAUGGAGCCGGCUUCGCAUGGCCCUAGAGACGCCGAUCACACCCCGGAGCGAUCGGCGCUUCGAUCCAUCCCAGCUAAGGAUGCCCCUUUGA